AUGGAGGGGGUCGAUCAAGAUGUUGGGAGCCGUAUAAGGAAAGCCCAAAAAAUUAUUGCAGCUUUGGCCAGUGUGGAGAUCCCAAUAAAUCAGGAGAGAGACCAAGCUUCACGUCUUCAAGACAAAUGUUAUGUUGGUUCUGCUUUGAGACUUGGAAAGUUACCAAGCAGGCCAGCAAAGAUGUGGACGGCAUUGAGAAACGUGGUGAAGGACUUUAGAGAAGGAUAUGCGCAGCAUCAGACAGACCUGGUUUGGAGUCAAGGAGCUAGCUGGAGAUUGAAACGCAUGGCAGACCUUGGUUUAUGUCCCACCUAA